UCUCUGUUGUCAAAGCUUUGCAGUUAAUAGAAACUCUUUUAAUAAUCGUUAGGAUCAGGUGGCCUCCAUGCUCUGUUAGUCCCCAGACAACGAUGAUGUACAUUCCCGGUGCCCACGAGACUAGGUACCCAGUCAUGAAUUUUGACUUAGAAGUACAAGUCCCGUUUCCAAGCACCUGCCUCCAUACGCUGGGUUAACUAUAAAGUCGUCCCAGGGGCCCCCGCCGGUGGGGAGGGGAGUGCAGCUGCAGGUCGUUUUUCCCCCGAUCCGGAGCCCACCCUGUGAGUAGGUUACCCCGUAAUAAACGGAUCCAUUGAUUACGUGCAGCUGCCUGCCUCGUUUUGUUUUUCGGUCUCAAGGUGCUUUCUCAGUUCAGUGAGCACUUUUCGUUCCCUCCCUCCUCCAGCAGAAAGUUAAAUAUUUAAUUAAACCUUUAGUGAUACUAGGUGCAUAAAACUAAUUAUUAUUUAAAGCUCUAUAACAAACUUAACACAUUCCCCAGAUAUGCUGUGGAGCAAUGGAAAGACACUUUAAAUAUUCUUAAAAAUAAUUUUGUACCCGUAUUUCUAUGUCUUUGUCAUAGUUCUCGAGCAGUUAAGAAUUGGCUUUGUUUAAGAGUUUUAAAGGUACUGCCUUGGUAAGACUUUGGAACUGUGUCAAGUAUUGUAAGUUUUCCAAAAAGUACAAUUUGUUAAAACUAUGCCAUUAGAAGUUUUAUUGCUCUUGAGUUGUGAACUUGUGCUUUCAAGGGUCAUCUUCUAAUAUACGUUGCAAAAGAGGUCUUACAUGUGUUGUCUACUCAGAAAGCUGCUUUUUUACGGUUGUCUGGUCGUCUCUAUUUACAAUGCCCUGGGCUUGUGUGAACUCUGUUACUUGUGAGUAAACUCCUCCUGGAUGUUGACUGUAUGAUUCUCUUCCCACUUACAGCCAAUGUUAAAUGCGGGGCAGGCCAAGCAUCCUUCACUGCCUUUUGCUUUUGUCCUUUUGAAUCUCUCCACAUAAGGCUAUAACGUUUGGGAUAAUUCAGGGGAAUUAUAGUGUAGAAAGAGGAAAUUUAGAGCUUUAUGCUAAAUAUGGGUUUUCUUUUGGUCCAGGAAAAGGCACAGGACGAGUUAAACUUUUUACAGAUGUCCCCUUGCUGGCCGUGCCUCGUUCCUAACUUUGCAGCCCCGCUUUCAGCUGUGCACUGGAGUCAGAAGAGCCACUUUCAUGUCACCUCUGCGGGGUGGACUUCCAUCUUUCUUUCAGGAGACCUCAGUGCCCCGCCCGUAGGGCUUGGUUUCAGCUCAGACACCCGUCUCUUUAUCUUCGGCAGAGGUCUUCAGUAUAGAAAGCACUGCCUUCCCAUAUCCUUCCUCCAUCCCAAAUCCCCCCUCCCUACCCUGCAAAGCAGUGUGGGGCGGGGGGAGCAGAGGGGACUUUAUGAUCACAUCACCAGUGGGAGGUGCAGGCUUCCCUCUUUUCGUUUUCCUUCCGGCUUCUCCCAAAGGACAGACAUUAAUUCGCAGAGACGCUGUGAUCUCAGCACUUGAAGAAGCAGCACAGUAUUUCCCUCAGCACCUGUGGUUUGCAGGGAGCCUUUACAGUAGCUCGUGCUUCACAGGAUGCAGAGCCAUCCUCGCCUGAUUGAUUCCCCAUGGCCCUUUUCAGAUUGCACCUGCUUAGACUCCGCGGGUUGUGGGUGCCCAGGUGGGCAAAUAGGUUCAUCGUUGUCAGUUUAUAAAAACCUGUCUGCAGCUUUGAAGUUACUGGUUAGGUGAACAUUAAACUAAAAGUUAAUGAAGAAUCGAUGUUAAGAAUGUUUCAUUUUAGUUUUCAAACACCCAAACCAGGUGUUUACUUUCUUGAAGAAAACAAUAAGUCAAUUGAUUUUUCUUCUUGAAGAUGUUUUAAUAAUUUGAGUAGAUGGAAGUUCAAGGUUAUUGAAAUUUAACGUUUUUCACGUGAUGAGACUGGAGCUUAUGAAUAUAAAAAACAUCGGUUUGUGCAGUAAACUAAUCCAGAAAACAUGGCUACUGCAAUUCGGGAAGUUGGAGUUUGGAGACAGACCAGAACACUCCUACUGAAGAAUUACCUCAUUAAAUGCAGGACUAAAAAAAGUAGCGUUCAGGAAAUUCUUUUUCCACUUUUUUUUUUAUUUUGGUUAAUAUUAAUAAGCAUGAUGCAUCCAAAUAAGAUAUAUGAAGAAGUGCCUGACAUGGAGCUUAACCCCAUGGACAAAUCUAUCCUCUCUAAUGUAAUUCUUGGAUUUACACCAGUGACUAAUAUUACAAGAGACAUCAUGCAGAAGGUUUCUACUGAUCACCUUCCUAAGGUCAUAAUUACCGAAGAAUAUACAAGUGAAAAGGAAUUGCUAGCAUCCAGUCUUUCUAAGCCCAGCAACUUUGUAGGUGUGGUUUUCAAAGACUUCAUGUCCUAUGAACUCCGUUUUUUUCCUGAUAUGAUUCCAGUGUCUUCUGUUUAUAUGGAUUCAAGAGCUGGCUGUUCAAAAUCAUGUGAGGCUGUUCAGUACUGGUCCUCAGGGUUCACAGUUUUACAGGCCUCGAUAGAUACUGCCAUUAUACAGCUGAAGACCAAUGUUUCUUUUUGGAAGGAGCUGGAGCCAACUAAGGCUGUCCUUAUGGGAGAAACUGCUGUUGUGGAAAUAGAUACCUUUCCCCGAGGAGUAAUUUUAAUAUACCUAGUUAUAGCAUUUUCACCUUUCGGAUACUUUUUGGCAAUUCAUAUCGUAGCAGAAAAAGAGAAGAAGUUAAAAGAGUUUUUAAAGAUAAUGGGACUGCAUGACACUGCCUUUUGGCUCUCCUGGGUCCUUCUCUAUACAAGUUUGAUUUUUCUCAUGUCCCUUCUCAUGGCAGUCAUUGCAACAGCUUCUUCUUUAUUUCCUCAAAGUAGCUGCUUUGUGAUAUUUCUACUUUUUUUCCUGUAUGGCUUAUCAUCUGUAUUUUUUGCUUUAAUGCUGACGCCUCUUUUUAAAAAAUCAAAACAUGUGGGAAUAGUUGAAUUUUUAGUCACUGUGUCUCUUGGAUUUGUUGGCCUUUUGAUAGUCCUCGUGGAAAGUUUUCCCAAAUCUUUAGUGUGGCUUCUUAGUCCCUUCUGUCAGUGUACUUUUUUGAUUGGUAUUGCACAGGUCAUGCAUUUAGAAGAUUCUAAUGAAGGUGCUCUAUUUUCUAAUUUGACUGAAGGGCCGUAUCCUCUGAUUAUUACUAUUAUCAUGCUGGCGCUUAACAGCAUAUUCUAUGUCCUUCUGGCUGUCUAUCUUGAUCAAGUCAUUCCAGGAGAAUUUGGUUUACGGAGAUCAUCGUUUUAUUUUUUGAAGCCAUCAUAUUGGUCAAAGAGCAGAAGAAAUUAUAAGGAGUUAUCGGAGGGCAAUGUUAGUGGGAAUAUUAGUUUUAGUGAAAUUGUUGAGCCUGUUUCUUCAGAAUUUAUAGGAAAAGAAGCCAUAAGAAUCAGUGGUAUUCAGAAGACAUACAGAAAGAAAGGUGAAAAUGUGGAGGCUUUGAGAAGUUUAUCCUUUGACAUAUAUGAGGGUCAGAUUACUGCGUUACUUGGCCACAGUGGAACAGGAAAGAGUACAUUGAUGAAUAUUCUUUGUGGACUGUGCCCACCUUCGGAUGGGUUUGCAUCUGUAUAUGGACACAGAGUCUCAGAAAUAGAUGAAAUGUUUGAAGCAAGAAAAAUGAUUGGCAUUUGUCCACAGUUAGAUAUACACUUUGAUGUUUUGACAGUAGAAGAAAACUUAUCCAUUUUGGCUUCAAUCAAAGGAGUACCAGCCAAUAAUAUAAUACAAGAAGUGCAGAAGGUUUUACUGGAUUUAGACAUGCAGGCUAUCAAAGAUAAUCAGGCCAGAAAGUUAAGUGGUGGCCAGAAAAGAAAGCUGUCUGUAGGAAUCGCUGUUCUUGGGGAUCCAAAGGUACUGUUGCUGGAUGAACCGACAGCUGGGAUGGACCCUUGUUCGCGUCAUAUUGUUUGGAAUCUUCUUAAAUACAGAAAAGCUAAUCGGGUGACAGUGUUUAGUACUCAUUUCAUGGAUGAAGCUGACAUUCUUGCUGAUAGGAAAGCUGUCAUAUCACAAGGAAUGUUAAAAUGUGUUGGUUCUUCAAUUUUUCUGAAAAGUAAAUGGGGGAUUGGCUACCGCCUGAGCAUGUAUAUUGACAGAUGCUGUGCCACGGAAUCUCUUUCUUCUCUGGUUAAACAACAUAUACCUGCAGCUACUUUAUUACAACAGAGUGACCAGCAGCUUGUGUAUAGCUUGCCUUUCAAGGACAUGGACAAAUUUUCGGGUUUAUUUGCUGCUCUGGACACUCAUUCAGAUUUGGGUGUUAUUUCUUAUGGUGUUUCCAUGACGACUUUGGAAGAUGUAUUCUUAAAGCUAGAAGUUGAAGCGGAAAUUGACCAAGCAGAUUAUAGUGUGUUUACUCAGCGGCCACCAGAGGAAGAAGUGCAUUCAAAACCCUUUGAUGAAAUGGAGCAGAGCUUGCUUAUUCUUUCUGAAACCAAGGCUUCUCUGGUGAGCACCAUGAGUGUUUGGAAACAGCAGGUGUUUAAAAUUGCAAAGUUUCACUUCCUUACCUUGAAACGUGAGAGCAAAUCAGUGAGAUCAGUGUUGCUUCUGCUUUUAAUUUUUUUCGCAGUUCAGAUUUUUAUGUUUUUGGUGCAUCACUCUUUUAAAAAUGCUGUUGUUCCUAUCAAACUUGUUCCAGACUUAUACUUCCUAAAACCUGGAGAUAAACCUCAUAAAUACAGAACAAGUCUGCUUCUUCAAAAUUCUACCGACUCAGAUAUCAGUGACCUUCUUAGGUUUUUCACCACCCAGAACAUAAUGGUGACAAUGUUUAAUGACAGUGACUACGUGUCUGCCGCUCCGCACAGCGCAGCUUUAAAUGUGAUGCAGUCAGAAAAGGACUAUGUUUUUACUGCUGUUUUCAACGGUACUAUGGUUUAUUCUUUACCUGUAUUGAUGAAUAUCAUUAGCAACUACUAUCUUUAUCAUUCAAAUGUGACUGAAAGCAUCCAGAUCUGGAAUACCCCAUUCGUUCAAGGAAUUACAGACAUAGUUUUUAAAAUCGAGCUGUAUUUUCAAGCAGCUUUACUUGGGGUCAUUGUUACCGCGAUGCCACCUUACUUUGCCAUGGAGAAUGCAGAGAAUCAUAAGAUCAAAGCUUACACUCAACUUAAACUUUCGGGUCUUCUGCCUUCUGCAUACUGGAUUGGACAGGCUCUUGUUGACAUCCCCUUAUUCACUGUGGUUCUUACUUUGAUGUUAGGCAGUUUAUUUUCAUUUCAUCAUGGAUUAUAUUUUUAUGCUGUCAAGUUCCUUUCUGUGGUUUUUUGCCUUAUUGGUUAUGUUCCAUCAGUUAUUCUGUUUACCUAUAUUACUUCUUUCACUUUUAAAAACAUUGUAAAUACCAGAGAAUUUUGGUCAUUUAUCUAUUCUGUGACAGCAUUGGUUUGCAUUGCAGUCACCGAAAUAACUUAUUUUAUGGGAUAUACAGUUACAGUUAUUCUUCAUUAUGCCUUGUGCAUAACCAUCCCAAUCUAUCCGCUUCUAGGUUGCCUGAUUUGUUUCAUAAAGAUUUCUUGGAAGAAUAUGCAAAAGAAAGAGGACACCUACAACCCAUGGGAUCGUCUUUUGGUGGCUGUUAUAUCGCCUUACCUGCAGUGUGUGCUGUGGAUUUUCCUCUUACAGUACUACGAGAAAAAAUAUGGAGGCAGAUCAUUAAGAAAGGAUCCCUUUUUCAGGACCCUUAAAACAAAGUCCAAAAGUAGGAAGUUCCCAGAACCACCAAACAAUGAGGAUGAAGAUGAAGAUGUCAGAGCUGAAAGGGUGAAGGUCAAAGAAUUGCUGAGCUGCCAGCGCCACGAGGAGAAGCCAGCCAUUAUGGUCAACAAUUUGCAUAAAGAAUAUGAAGACAAGAAAGAUUUUCUUCCUACAAGAAAAAUAAAGAAAGUGGCAAAUAAAUAUGUCUCCUUCUGUGUGAAAAAAGGAGAGAUCUUGGGACUAUUGGGUCCAAAUGGUGCAGGCAAAAGUACGAUUAUUAAUAUUGUGGUUGGUGAUAUAGAACCAACUUCAGGCCAGGUAUUUCUAAGAGACUAUUCUUCAGACCCAGCUGGAGAUGAUGAUUCCGUAAAGUGUAUGGGCUACUGUCCUCAGAUAAACCCACUGUGGCCAGAGAUUACAUUACAGGAACAUUUUGAAAUUUAUGGAGCUGUGAAAGGAAUGAGUGCCAGUGACAUGAAGGAGGUCAUAAUUCGAAUAACAAAUGCACUUGAUUUAAAAGAACAUCUCCAGAAAACGGUAAAGAAACUACCUGCAGGAAUCAAGCGAAAGCUGUGUUUUGCUCUGAGUAUGCUGGGGAACCCUCCCGUUACUCUGCUAGACGAGCCAUCCACAGGUAUGGACCCUAAAGCCAAACAGCACAUGUGGAGAGCGAUUAGAGCUGCGUUUAAGAACAAAACGCGGGCAGCUAUCCUGGCCACUCAUUGCAUGGAGGAGGUGGAGGCUGUCUGUGACCGAGUGGCUAUCCUGGUGUCUGGGCAGCUAAGAUGUAUUGGGACAGUCCAACAUCUAAAGAGUAAAUUUGGAAAAGGAUACUUUUUGGAAAUCAAAUUAAAGGACUGGAUAGAAAACCUAGAAGUAGACCGUCUUCAAAGAGAAAUUCAGCAUAUUUUCCCAAAUGCAAGCCGUCAGGAAAGUUUUUCUUCUAUUUUGGCUUUUAAAAUUCCUAAGGAAGAUGUUCAGUCCCUUUCACAAUCUUUUUCUAAGCUGGAAGAAGCUAAACGUACUUUUGCCAUUGAAGAAUACAGCUUUUCUCAAGCGACAUUGGAACAGGUUUUUAUAGAACUCACUAAAGAACAAGAGGAAGAAGACAACACUUGUGGUACUUCGAACAGCACACUUUGGUGGGAAAGAACACAGGAAGACAGAGUAGUAUUUUGAAUUUGUGUUGCUCAGUUGGCUUACUGCAUUUCUUUCUGUUUCACUUUAUUUUAACUUUGGUUUAAACGUUUAUUGCUUGAACGGUAAUUGGAGAACCAUGAAAGCACGUGGGAUUUUCCUGACUUCGUUAAUUGAAAUGCUGUUGGUUGUGUGUUUUGCUUUUCUUCAAAUAAAACUUGUGUAUAAUGCAUUGAAA